UCCAGCACAGGAGCGAGCAUUCAGUCAGUCAGUCAGUCAGUGAGUGCGCAAAGAGAAACCACUGGCGAGACUUUCCAUACGGCGGCACCGGACCGAACUGUCGGUAAGAAAAAUAAAAAAAGAACAACGGGAGCCAGUAAUGUGGUGACGGCAGACGGAGGGAAGCACCAAACUGAGCCCGAGGACCGUGAAGGGAAACAGGCGAGCUAAGGGAGCUGUCAGGGAGGUUUUUUUGUUUCUUUCUUUUUUAAACUCAGCGGCUCCGCCGGCUCGGCUCCCCGGUCACAGACCACAGGAACCCGCUUUCUCUCUACCCGCCCGCCUGGCUGGUUGGCUUUAGCUAACCCUGCUAGCAUCUCGGCUAACCCCCACCGCCGGUCCUCGCGUCUCCUCUCACCGUGGGAAACUGCAACUGUCCCGGCUGUCAGUGUCACACCGUCCUCCUGUAAACUUCAAACAAUGCGCUGCUCCUGUCUGAGAGACUUUUUACGCCCAAGGGACGAUUUAACGCACGCUUCGCCAAGCGACCAGUGAUAGCUGAGCUGCGGUCCAAGCUAACAAGUUGACGUGGAAGAGGAACUCUAUUUUUUUUAAACUGUUUUCCAAGCUGUGAUUUCACCAGGAUUACUUUCCCCCUCUGCCCUGCCCGAGUUGGACUCGACUUUUUGGUGACUCCGGGUUACAAAGCAGCCAGUUAGCUAUGUUUAUUUGUGGCCAGAAAGUAAUUUCAAGUGUUUGCGGAUUCCACAGUGGGACUCUCUCUUGGUUCGAGUACUGCAACGGAAACAUUAGCUAACACAGACUGGCUCGUGUUGUGUUUACUGCAUAAAUAGAUAGACGGAACAAACAGUUGCCAAACAUUUUUUUGUUUCAUUUUUAAAUUCAGAUUGUAGUUAAACAGAUUGUUCUUGUACCUGUCGUGAGCAGACAUUGCUGCACAGGUUGUGUGGAAGACAGUGUGUGUCUGAGGGUGUGUGAUCCCUGCUCUCUGUUACCUCCACUUGACAGUGAAGUCACGUUGAGUUGAUCCAUUGAUCGGAUCGUUAUUGUACUAUUUUCGCUGAUUGAAGGGGGGGAAAGAAAAAAGUCGGUGCGAUGUCGGGCCAAUCUAUCACGGAUCGGAUCACAGCAGCUCAGCACAGCAUGACCGGGUCGGCUAUCAGCAAGGCUGUGUGCAAAGCCACCACGCAUGAAGUGAGCGGACCGAAGAAGAAGCACCUUGACUAUCUGAUCCACUGCACCAAUGAGAUGAACGUGAACAUUCCCCAGCUGGCGGACACGCUGUUUGAGCGCACAGCCAACUCCAGCUGGGUGGUGGUCUUCAAAGCUCUUAUCACCACCCACCACCUCAUGAUGUACGGCAACGAGCGUUUCAUCCAGUACCUGGCCUCCAGAAACACUCUGUUUAACCUGAACAACUUCCUGGAUAAGGGAGCUCUGCAAGGUUAUGACAUGUCAACCUUCAUCAGGCGAUACAGUCGCUACCUGAAUGAGAAGGCCAUGUCCUACAGACUGGUGGCUGUGGAUUUCACCAAGAUGAAGAGAGGUAUUGACGGCGUGAUGCGCACCAUGAACACAGAGAAGCUGAUCAAGACGCUGCCCAUCAUCCAGAACCAGCUGGACGCUCUGCUGGAUUUCCAGGCCAACCCUAAUGAGCUGACCAACGGUGUGAUCAACUCAGCCUUCAUGCUGCUCUUCAAGGACUCCAUAAGGCUGUUUGCUGCUUACAAUGAAGGGGUCAUCAACCUAUUGGAGAAAUACUUUGACAUGAAGAAGAACCAGUGUAAAGAUGCCCUGGACAUCUACAAGAAGUUCCUUUACAGGAUGACGAAGCUCUCAGAGUUCCUCAAAGUGGCAGAGCAAGUUGGAAUAGAUCAGGGUGACAUCCCAGAUCUCUCACAGAAAACAAAAGGAUCAUACAUUGCUCCCAGCAGCCUGCUGGAGGCUUUGGAGCAGCACCUUGCCUCUCUGGAGGGCAAGAAGACCAAGGAGCUGAAUGCAGACACCAGAGCAUCCACCCUGUCGAACGCCGUCUCGUCUCUCUCCUCCACCGGCAUGUCCUUCAGCCGCAUGGAUGAGAAGGAGAAGCAGCAGGCUUUGGAGGAGGAACAGGCCAGAUUGCAGGCGCUCAAGGACCAGCGCCUGAAGGAGAUCACCAUGCAGACUCCACCCUCUGCCUCCCCCAGCAGCCAGUCGAUAGGCAGCGCCAACAACAACAACCACGUCACGCAGACCCCGGAGUUUUUCAGCUCCACGCUGUCCACCAACAGUGUGCCCAAUCUGAACAGUGACCUGUUUGAUCUUCAGCCGGCCUUCAUCCCUGCUGUGCAGAGCACUCCUUCCAUCUCCAACGCCAAUAGUGCCUGGGGAGGACUGGACAGCCAACCUCUGCAGCAGAGCGGCCCCGCCAUGACCGUAGAUUUCGAUGCUGUGUUUGGGAAUAAGGCCACACCCAGUAACAACGGCCCGCAGCCUGCAGCCGGUUUUGAUGCUCUCGGAGACCUGUUAAAGCCUACAGUUCCCACACACACCGCACCUCCUCCACCUCCCCCUCAAGUGGCCAUCCAUCAUGGAGGAAAGCUGCUAGCCAACGACCUCGACUCGUCUCUGGCCAACCUCGUGGGCAAUCUGCAGUUUGGUGGGACCCCAGCCAAAAAGCCAGAUAUGCAGUGGAACCAACCGGGAGAGAAGAAGCUGACGGGCGGCCAGAACUGGCAAAAUAAGACCAUGUCGACCACACAGUGGAGCCCAGCACCCAUGGCCCCACAGCCCAUGCCUGUACCACAUGUGAAUGGAAUGUUCUAUACUAGUUAUGCUCCAGCUCCCAUGGCUUUCCCCAUGACCACACCGCAAGUGCCUGUGUAUGGAAUGGUUCCUCCCCAGAUGGGUCAGAUGGGUGGGGUACCUGUGAUGGCUCCUCAGCCAAUGAUGUACAACCAGCCUGUUCUAAGACCCACUAACCCCUUCGCACCCAUGCCCGGAGCCCAGAUGCAGUUUAUGUAAUCCAGUCAGGAGGGGAAGCAGAGUGCCAAAAGCAACAUACAUACAAACAAACAAACAAACAGCAUAAACAAACACAAGAGGAUGAUGAUGAGAUGGACGGAAGGAUGAUUUGCUCAAGCUGAAACGACAGACUGACACAAGAUAACCGGGCUGACACCAAAAGUCAAGUUGGAAAGAGGAAGAGAAGAUGACGAAAAGGAUGGACUGAGCGAUGGCAGGGGUUCGAUGGGGAAGAUGUUAUCCUGGCUGGUCGUUGUCUGAAACAACUCUUUGCACCUGUGUGUGUGUGUGUGUGUGUGUAGCUUCUCUCUGUUUAUUGUCUGAUUUGUGUUCCUAUCGAUGGAGUGAUGUUUCAGGAGAGGGAAUAAGGACGAGAGAGAACGACGGGGAGGAGGGAAGAGGGGAUUCAGGAAAUCCUACCUCUAGUUUUCAGUCAGGCUAAAUGUGUCUGACUGCUGUGAGAGUCUCUGCUGCAGAAUUAGCUUUAUUUCAUACUGGUGCUAUUUUGUCCUCUGUGGGUCACUGCUCGCCUGCAACGGCAACUUUGGAGCACUUACGAGAAGACAAGUGUUUGUUUUAUUGUGUGUGUGUGUGUGUGUGUGUGUGUGUGUGUGUGUGUGUGUGUGUGUGUGUGUGUGUGUGUGUGCGUGUGUGCUCAGCAGUUGUUUCAGACAAUACCUUUGCCACGGACCUCCUCUCCAUCCCCACCCUCGCUCCCUGUCUGCGUCCACAACCGUCCACUUAGCAAGAGAUUUAGUGGCAAAUCCUCUUCGGUGUGUUUCCUGUAAUUUUCCGCUUUGUUGGGAUAUAUUUGUAUUUUUCUGUCAGUUUUUCUUCGCCAACUUCUCCUGAAUGUUAUCGGGGCUUGUACAGCGAUUUGUUGAAGCAUUUGUUAAUAGUAAUUGAGCGUUUGUUGUUAAGGGUUUUGAGCUAAAGUCUUUGUUACUCAUACAGCAUUGUUUUUCUCCACGUAAUGCUACAGAUACACACAGAAAGAUGGGAGCUAGCAGGCACAGCAUGCUAGCACUGUAUGAAAUUAUGUUUUAAGGCCUAGUCACACCAGAAAGUGACACAGCAAAACUAAGCUAAUAGCAGUUAGAUAGUAAUUUGGUAGUUUGGGAUUUUUUUUGUUAUCCUUUGUUUUUCUAGUGGGUAGUUUAUUUUUUCUAAAAAUUAUUAUAGAAAUUUAGUUGAAUAAAUUAAAUACAUUGAUUAAAGAGAUCUGUUAGACAGUAAACUAAAGGUUUACUGAAAAUACAGCUGUAGUAUUUUGAAGUUUUCACUCUAAGAAACGGUAAGGAAAGGAAUUGUGCACGUAGCUAAUAAGUUACAACAGCAUGAGGUUGGCCUAUGUUAAACUUAUCCAGAGCUGCACCAUUAGCAAUUUUCCUUAAGUCACUAAGCAGUGCUGUUUUCAAACGAAAACUCCCAUUACUACAUACAAAAAUAAAAGAUCAUCCAGGGCAUCAGGAGACUGGACGCUUGUUUCUACCACAGACAAAAUGUAACAGCUGCCCAAAAGAGACUAAAUUCUGGGCUAUCUCAAAAUUUUGAAUUGCGUAUAUUGUAGUUUCGAGAUGCAUUACUCAAAAUGUUGAGUUAUUAAGACAAAUUUUAAUCAUGGUCGCUGUUUGCAACAUCCUUGAAUUUUGAAGGACAACUUUGAAGAAAUUAUAUCCGUGGUUUGUUGACUUUGGAAUAAAGGUGCAGCUGCUGUGAUGGGCCAAUGGAGAGGAGCAGUCUUACACCUGAGUUUGACUUUUACAAGUUAGACCCUGAAGUCAAAGAUGCUCCAAAAAAAUGGCUCAAAGUUAUUUAUUGACUCUCAAACUUGUUGUUGAGCUCAAUAAAGGGUAGUCCAAAAUGUAGAACUUUAAGGGCAUCGGAACGAAGGAGGCCAGACUUCCUUCAGGUUUUUGAAAGGGUUAGCGCUAAGUUUAGUUAUUCCAUAAAUGUUAGACAGCAGUACAGGAAUAAAAGCUCUAACAGGCUUCAGAAGAACCACCCUUCUCCCCCAAACACAUCCUGGUGGCAACAGUUUUCUAUCAAAGAUCACAACAGUUAAACUUGAUUUUAAAAAAUUAGCAGACAUUUGCUGUGUCAAACGUUGGUGUGACGAGACCUCCAACUGUACAUUGUGUUCAACUUGGUGGUCAGUUUAGGAAUAGGUAAAGUGUAUUUUUGUUUAAUCUCUCACUGUUAAUUAGCAUUGUUAGCCUGUGGUUUGUUGACUUUCUGCCUCAGUUGGAUCUAUCUGUGUGUAUCUGUUUUUCCUGUCUUCUUCAUCAGCUCAUCAACCAGUCUUUAAGGAUUUGAGCUUUGUUUCAUUAGGUACAACUUUUUGGCAGAUCCACAGUAUGCGCCAGUGAUCGAUGACAGCGGCACAGAGUGAGUUAAAUGUUACUGAAUCAAGUUGAAUUCACUUUUAAUUGCACUGAAUCAAAGUGAGUGGCUGUAAGUGCGACACUGAACCUGUGGCGUCUCCCUCGCUCAGUGGUUCCAAGAAUCUGUGGGGAUCAAAUUUGACUCUUCAGCUCAGCCAAAGCAUCCAUCCCCAUGAGUUUGACUGUGGGUGUAUUUAUGCAUAACGACUUCUCGUGUGUCCACGUGUAUCCUUACACAUUUAUGUGUACGUAUUUUCUUUUCUUCAUCGAGGGCUAUUUCUGAGGGUCAAAUUUAAAGCCAGACUUGAUCCGAUAUGUUUAACACAAAAUGGGCUUGAUUUGUUUUUAUAAAGUCAAAUUUUGUUGCAAAAAUGCACAUGCAAAAAUGUUGCACUCAAGUGGCUAUCCUGCCGUAGCAGAGCUGUUGUUUUUGGGGGUUUUGUUUCUUUCCGGUAUGAAAAAGUUGAGGAAGAUUUGAAGUGUGUAGAAGUAGUUUAGGGUUUUACAACAUAAUAGGUUUGUCAAAUCUACCAGCCACUUUGGCGGGAGACUCAAGGUUACUCUCCUGCCAUUCUAACAAUUAACUUGAAGCUUUUUUAGUACCAUUCCCGAUCUCAGUCCAGCAUCUCCAUCCCAGCCAUCAGUGGUUGUCCAGUAUCAAACUCAUCGCCCACUCUGCUGUGAAGUCUCUACAAUCUCGCUUCAGCCUGUCUGGUCCAGUUGGUCUUUCUCUAGGAUGCUUCUUUAGCCUGUUUGUCACUGUUGGUAUGUGUAGAUAUGUGUAAGUAAAAAAAUAGCUAUAAUAACCAGUUUCUGUCUAGAUUGUCCACUCAUCCCUGUCGCUGUUGGAUAGAUGCUGCUUCUAGAAGCUUCCUGUUGCAGUCUUGUGUUAGCUUAGCCUCUCUUCAUAGUAUCCCCUGAAACCUGUGGAAGACCUCCCACAGCAGGUUUUCCCACCCCGUCCUCUUCUCCGCCAGUAACUGUAGCUCUAUUAUCUCUCUUGAUGUCUCAGUCUUUUAGCAGUAGAUUAAACCUCUCACCGGCUCUCAGGCUUUGUAGUUCUCGAGCUUUUCCUUAACAUCUCUGCAGUGUUUGGUAGGUGAGGUCCUCAUCUUUUUUUCCCCUCCAUCUCCAAUCAUAUUUGCCAGUCAUGAUGUCAGCAGCCUACAGAGUGUCUCCGGUUGGACCUCGACGGCGAAUCACACGACGCUUGAAUAUCCAGGUGUUUUGUUACAAGUGGGCGAGCUGAAAUGGUGCUUUUCUAGAACUAGUGAAGUAUGUAGUCCAAGAAGUGUUGGAACUUAGAUGUCAGCUGUGACUGGGAGGUUUGUCAGUCAACCAGCUGUUGUUCAGGGGCACUUAGGAAAAUUAUGGAAAGUAGUGAGUCCACUGAUCACUGGGACAGUUGAUCGAGAUAUUAGCUCUCUUCCCUGUUAGUUUUAUUAUAGCUCUGCGGAGAGGCACCGAAAUGUCUUUGCAAACCUACGCAGAGAAGGAUGUCAUUCGUACCCAGUGGUUGAGCACACCUCUUAAAUCUCAACGACGUAGUAACUGCCACAAGUGAUCUUCGAGCAGAACACAGGAAACUUAAUCUGUUUGUUUUUUUUUUUAUUGGUUUUUUACGCCAGUGAAUUCCUCGUUUCUGUCUUGGAUUUCGUCGUUUGUUCGUGCUUGCCCACUGCGUGUAAAUCUGUUUUCGAGAUGUGGCAUAUUGGCCUUUUUGCACAACAGUCAAAGAAAAACGUGCUUAUGUUUGCCGGCUUGCAGGCUGGAGAGACGUACCUCAAGCUUAUCUACGGCUUCUAACAAAUACGACUAUGCAGAAUCUUUAGGUCUUUGCUGCCGUAAGCUUUCUGGUUUCAACUUGUAGUACAAGUUCUGUUUUCCAAUCUCCUUUGAGCUUUGGUUGCGCGCAGGUCUGUAGAGAACAACAGCAGGAUUCAUCCAGAUAUCUUGGCUGCACUCUAAGCCUGCGAACAGUAGCAGCUGGACCUGGAGUUCUUAAAUAGUCGAUAAAUUCUGUGAUUGGAUGUUCCUGAUGCUCCCUGUGUCCUAAAUAUGGACUCUUUGGAUCUUCUCCAUCUUCAAAACUUCCCCUCCUCUGGGCCACCUGUGUUUUUGAGUCCCAGCUUUAAAAAGAAAACUAUUUUGUUAAUGGAUGUGUCCUUUUUUUGGCACCAAUAUGAGACCGUUUUUAUAUUCUAGGACAGCUGCCUUACUGUCUCUAAUCUUAUGUGAUAAAUUGACACUUCACAAAUAAAAGCUGCUUGAUUUGCGUGGCACUGAUCCAGGAUCAGGUCAUCAUAGCCCUGGAUGAUAAAGUAAUAAAUCACAUGAGGUCUAACUGCAGAUCUGAUGAUUGAUAACAAGUUUGUAAUAGUCUCAUUAGGCUUUGAAAUGAAGAAGGGUAAAAUGAGAGCCAGGACGUGGAGGUGAAAUCAGGUUAACUGUUUGCUUUAAUGUAAUCUUUGCAGUCUUUGCGUUUCUUUUGUUAUUUUUGUUCUACUUUCUCUGAGUGGAACCUACUGCUGCCAGUUGGGAUCAGGUUAUUCGACUGGUUUUAAAAUGUUCCGAUGUCGAAAGAUUGAGUGGGUUCAGAAAAAAUGGCCGCGGUGGUUUUUCCGUUGCUGGCUCGCCACCUUUAGCGUCAGUGCAACUUGCCAAUAGUUUUUACGGCUUUAUCACAUAAGGUGUGGCCAAGCAUGCGGGCCUUAUUCAGUGCUUCACCUUCCCUCAAAUUCAGACUCUUUCUCACAUUUACAGCUGAGACUUUCCCGCCUCGACCGCUGUUUUCUGCUGUUAGCCUGCUGGGAUCAGUCCUGGGGAACCUCGUGGCCACGUUGCAAAGUUUCUUUCAACUUUAAAAAAAGAAGGAAAAAAAAGCUGCUGCCGCCUGUCUGCAUUGUUGUAGCAUGAAUCUAAGUGGAGGAGGAUACAUGGAUAAACCUUGAUGUCAUAUUAAAACGUCUGCUGAGGUGUUGAGCGAGCGGACUCCUCUCUGGCGAGCCAUCUCUCUUUUUCUCGGGGAGUGCAUGGUUGUGUUGUUGGUGUUUCUUGUCCCCCCCUCCCCACACACACACACACCCUUGCAAAGGAUUUUUUAAGAAAGCAUGAUAUGACAGUCGCAGCGGUGGUGCUCAUGAUAAAUUCCCUCCUGUUGUUGUUGUCGUUGCUGCUUUAAACGGCCCCAACAGCGCGAAGGGGCGGAUGGAUUAUCUGAGCGCAAGGGCAGGUUCAUCGCUUUGUCUGGACUGACAGAUGUUUGGCCGCUGUAACCACCCGGUUGAACUUGUCCCAGAGAUCUCACAUUAGUUGCUUGGUUUGCGGCGUCCCCUGUGGGUCGCAGCAGAGUCAACCCCCCUGCCGCCAUCCCCCCAAGAAAAGGAAGACGAGCAAAAAGAGAGAGGCUGUUCGAUGGUAAAUCCCCCCAUUUUUGUGUCGGUGAGUCGGUGUGUCGAGUCGAUGAUCUCUUGUGCACGUUCUGUUUUUUCUACAUCUGUUUUUUGGUAAGAACCCUCGGAUUGCUGCCUCACUAUACUGUAUAUAGAGAAAUGCACACCUUCACACUCACAACACAGCUUAAAGACAUACUCAUAAUCUGCAUUAUUUUCAUUUACUCUUUAUUUUUCUGAACUUGAAAGAUAUUAGCGUUCUUACAGCAGUAUAUAGGUAUGAUUGCUACUCGGUGGGGGCAGGCUGAACAGACAGACGAUGCAGAAAUCUUUGGAGGGCUGCAGACCUGCCCCGUACUUCAGGAUCAGCCAUGAGUUUCACAAUGAUGCCAAAUGUUUUCCGGAGCAGAGUACAGCUUUUAAUCUCUGAUUCCUCUUCUGUCUCCCCCCCCCAUCUCUUUCUUUGUACAUGUUUUCUAUUUAUUUAAAGCAGAAAUAUAUGGAUUGUAUCAAGCAUGGAAAGGCAAACAGAUGUUACAGUUGACAAAAACACAAAAAAAAUCACAGGCUUUUAUUUUACAGCAGUAUAUUUGUUUAUUCUAGGGACUUGUUUUCUCUCUCUAUUUUUUUUUUUUUUUU